GGGUGGAUGGAUGCCCUGGUGUCCCUGGACUCCCUAGACUCUGAUGGCCGAUGGUGCAGCUGAGCUGAGUUUAAGGUUCUUUUUACAGGGCAUCUCCGUUGGCAUUCGACGGUGUAGGGGUAUGAGUUGUAAGUCCAGGGAGCGAGAGAGCUUUAGCUGGGUCCAUGUCCGAGUGGAACUCCAUUGCGCUCGAUUACACGAUUGGGAUACACUGCUUUUGGCAUUCACGACCUCUCCAAGGUACCCUCUCCCAUUCAUACGUAAUCGUUCCUAUCUUUAGUGUAAUGUCUUUGUCAUGGUCUGUUCGAGAAGCCCGGGGCGAUCCGAACUCACCGCUGCAUCGGAUCUGCCUCUACGCACCUUGGUGGUUGAACAGGCGAGACUGGCGAGACUGGACCCCUGGGGCUGGGAAUGACCUCAUUGGAGUGGAUCCCGCCCUUAGAUGUCUUGGGACCAGGACCCGCUUCGGUCGUUUUCCAGGGUCCCGGGUGUAGUCAGUACCAUUGCGUCGGAGCGGUGGUGUGAAUUGGG